UAUGUAUAUCAAUAUGUUUAACAGAGACAAAGAAACGGGACCAGCCUGCACUGUAGCUACCACGGUGGCCCUGCCAACAUUAAGCAUAGAGAAUACACCACUGUUUCUUGAACUAAAAGCCCCUGCACAUGGGUGGGUCAGGAUUCCGUUAACAAUUACGUACUAUCUUCACAAUCGAACUUCCAGCGUGCAGGACAUAGAAGCUUUCGUGGACAGCAGUGAUGCUUUUAUGUAUGCUGGAAAUAAGCAGCUACAUUUUCGUAUCCCGCCUCGUGACAAAUACACACUGAUGUACAACUUGUAUCCACUGGUGUCGGGCUAUGUGUUAUUGCCACGGUUACGGUUGGUGUUAAAUCCAGGAAUGCCUACUGCUCUUACGAUGGAGGACCUAGUACAAGAAAUGAUACCUAGUCAUAUAUUUAUCAUGCCUCAGGGGAAGACUUCACCAGAUUUCAGUGUUAGGUCGGCGUAAUAUCAGAACAGUAAAAGUAAAAUGGAGCCAUCGUGUCUAAUAAGGACAACCAUUUACAUUCAAGAACAGUAAUGGCUUCCAUCUGCUAACUACCUGGUUGACAGGAAGGCUUGAGACAUGUUGGGAAUUGUGGUUGAUAUUUAUGUAUGUGCAACAUUUCUGAACGGUGCUCAUUGGUGUCUCUCAAAUUUUUAUUAUUAUAUUUAAUGACAAUGAAGAACAAACGUUUAUUUGAAUUAAAUUACCAGUUACAAAAGUAAUCAUGUUGAACACUAAAGAACUGUAUUACGCUUACUGUUUCCUUCAUUUCUGUAAAGGAGUAGUGUGAGAUGUAACAUAUAUGUAUACAGUAAAAUAGUUUAUUGUAAA